UUUUGCUACCUCGCUGCGAAAUCGGCAGCUGCCCUGUGCCUGUGCGUAUUCGUUAAACACGUUAAAAAUCUUAAAAACAGUUUGAGAGGGGUACCUAACAUUUUGAAUAAGGACCCAAAAUGGAGUUGAUCGAAUUCCAGGAGGUGUGUCGCCUGUGCCUCAAACAAAGUUCGACCAAUUUAAACAUAUUUUCGGACAAAAAUGUGAAAGACAAACUCACCAAAGUUUUCAAAUUCACGCUCAAUGACCAUGAGCAACUAUCAAAGCUGGUAUGCCUGGCCUGCUACGAGAAAAUAUUCCGUUUCAACGACUACUCGGAUAUGGUUUGCCAAAACCAGGCCUACUUGAGCUCGUUACUGCAGCAAGGGCAAGCGCCUUCGCCAUUCGAAACCAACACAAUCGUACCGAUAACCGAAAAUGAAAAACUGGACGAAGACCCAAUAAAAAUUGAUUUUAAAAUCGAAAACAAUGUCGUGGAACCACCACCGCAUGAAGAUACCGAUUUGACUUCAGAUCGAACAGAUACUGAAAUUAUGAGCUCGGUACUGCAACAAGGACAAGCGCUAUUGCCAUUCGAAACCAACACAAUUGUACCGAUAACCGGAAAUGAAAAACUGGAUGAAGACCCAAUACAAAUUGAUUUUAAAAUUGAGAAUAAUGUCGUGGAACCACCACCUCAUGAAGAAACCGAUUUGACUUUAGAUCGAACGGUUACUGAAAUUAUUAUCCCCCGAAAAUUGUCAAGAACAACAAAAGGAGACAACUUCAUUAAGGGCUACCUUGCGCUAGUUUGUGACCUAUGCGAGACUACUUCAGGGGAAUUUGAAUCCUUUAAACAUUUACAGCUACACUACCAAAGCCAGCACUGCGUCAAAGGUUACGCUACAUGUUGUGGCAAGAAGUUUGUCCGCAAAGACCGACUCAUAUCGCACAUCACCAACCAUAUCAACCCCGGGGCUUUCAAAUGUGAAAUCUGCGGUCAUACCAGCAAGGAUCGUAACCUGCUAAAAAUUCACAAGAAGCAACACCUUAGCACUGGAGAACGACCCUUCGGUUGCACACAGUGUGACCAAAAGUUCGUACUUCGCUGCCAGCUGGUCAACCACCAGGCCACUCACAUGAGCGAAGGCGAAAAGCCUUACCGCUGCGAAGCAUGCGACAAAACGUUUGCCUUCAAAUUCGUCCUUGCCAAACACCAAAAGCUGCACUCCAACCGCGGCAUCAAAGAUUAUGUCUGCGACAUUUGUGCUAAAGCCUUCUCUCACAAGGCCAACCUCAAAGCUCACAUGACCAGUCACCAGAGUGAACGUAACAACUCUAAAAUACAAUGCGAUGUCUGCAGCCAGUGGUAUAAAAAUAAGGAAACCUUACGGACUCACAUCCGAGUGAAGCAUCGGGACCAGCGGGAACAUCGCUGUGAUCAGUGCGGAAAGCUGUUUCCCAGUCUGAGCGCUCGCACUGCCCACAUCCGGUACGUUCAUCUGCGGGAGACGAACUACGGCUGUGGACAGUGCGACAAACGAUUCCGCAAAAACGUCGAACUCAAAGAGCAUGUAGCCCGGGAACACCACGGGAAGCCGUUGUAUCAGUGCGAAUACUGCGGGAAAUCGUUUGCCAGCAGUGGCAAUUAUUUUUUGCAUCGGAAAACGAAACAUCCGAAGGAAUAUGCUGAACGGCAGUUAGUAUGAUCUCACAUCCGACCGGCAAAAAAUUAGACCUGAGAAAGGAUCAUGAAAAAUGUGCAACAAUUGAAGACGCUCGAGUACUUCGUUUCUACUGCAGAAACCAAAAAUCGGUUUCGUAAACUCAACUCUGGUUAUGAGAAAGUAAGCACACGGGUCAAAUGCCUCGCACCUCUUUGGGUGACCCUGUGUUUCAAGGAAUCCGAAUAUACAGGUUUUCGUACCUAUUCGGCACUUUUUAUUUGACGUUACGAGGGUGUAUUCCGAAGCAUAUUCCUAUUUUUUUGGUGAACUGUUAUAUCCAAAAUAAGCUAAUUUUAUUUAAGCGUGUCCGCUCGUACUAACGCUCAGCCGAACUAAACAAACAACCGAAUGAAAACAAUAGCUCUGGAAAAGCAUAAA